CUCUACCAACUCUCAUGUGUCAUGGCCCUCUUUGUACCUCUACUUAUAAUAUUCUGGCUCCCUUCAAGUAAUUAUGCACAGGGUCCACCUUCUCCUGGCUACUACCCCAGUUCAAGAAUUGGCUCAAUAGGGUUCAACCAAGGAUUUAGGAACCUUUGGGGUCCUCAGCAUCAACAUAUAGACCAGGGAACACUCACUCUUUGGCUUGACAGAAACUCAGGAAGUGGUUUCAAAUCGCUUAGUCCCUAUUCAUCUGGUUAUUUUGGAGCCGCGAUCAAGCUCCAUCCCGGUUAUACUGCCGGAGUCAUAACCUCUUUCUAUCUUUCAAAUAGUGAAGAUCAUCCAGGAAACCAUGAUGAAAUCGACAUUGAAUUCCUUGGAACAACACAGAAUAAACCUUAUAUUUUGCAAACAAAUGUGUAUAUCAGAGGAAGUGGAGAUGGAAAAAUUAUAGGUAGAGAGAUGAAAUUUCGCCUUUGGUUCGACCCUACAAGAGAUUUCCAUAACUAUGCCAUACUCUGGAACCCUAGUGAGAUCAUGUAAGUACAUGGAAUUUAAUUUAGACUAUA